AUGCGCCAUAUACUUCACGCGGACUUUGAUGCCUUUUACGCUUCCGUUGAGCAGUUGGACAACCCCACGCUGCAUGGUAAGCCUGUCGUAGUUGGCGGCAGCGCAGAGGGGCGUGGCGUGGUCGCUUCCGCAUCCUACGAGGCGCGUGAAUUCGGCGUGCGCUCCGCAAUGCCAAUGCGCACUGCUCAGAGGAUGUGCCCUCAGGCGAUCCGCGUCGGCGCUCGCUUCGACCGCUACCGUGAAAUUUCCCAGGGCGUCAUGUCCAUCUUCCGCGACCUGACUCCUCUUGUUGAGCCGCUGUCGCUUGACGAAGCGUAUCUCGACGUGACAGCCGUUGUAGAUAACGGACGGCAACCGCCGGAAAUUGCGGCUGACCUCAAGCGGCGCGUAAAGUACGAGUUGGGAUUGACCAUAUCGGUGGGGGUAGCGACGAGUAAGUCGAUCGCCAAGAUUGCCUCGGAUAUGGACAAGCCUGACGGUCUGACUGUGGUUGCCCUUGGAGAGGAGCGGGCAUUCUUAGCGCCAUUGCCAAUAAGCAAGUUAUGGGGCGUCGGGCCAAAGACUGCUGAAAGGCUCAUCGCCGAAGGCGUCGAGACUAUUGCAGACAUCGCGGGAUGCGACGAAGAAUGGCUGCGCGAGAGGUUUGGCAGGCAUGGUGCCCAAAUGCAGCGGCUGGCGCUGGGACAAGACGACAGCCCCGUUGUUGUGCGCCGCGAAACGAAGUCGGUCAGCGCGGAGACGACUUUCGCAAGAGACACAGGUGAUCCGGAUGAGUUGCAAGAGGUGGUCAGUCGCUUAAGCCAGCGCGUAGCCAACCAGCUAAGGCGAAAGCAAUUGCAGGGACGCACGGUAAAGCUGAAACUGCGUCUGUCAGACUUCACUACCUUCACACGCCAGCGCACACUACCCUAUGCAGUGCAGUCCGCGGAAGACCUAUCGCAAUCUGCAGGUGAACUGCUCCGCGCCGAACUCUACGGCCGCCGACGCUUCCGGCUCGUCGGCGUUGGCGUAUCCGGCUUUGAGCAGUCUGAGGAACUCCCGGAAGAGCCCCGCCAACUAAGGUUCUCAGGCUUCGGUUGA